AUGAAGAAGCGCUAUGUGGUGGCCGGAGUCCUGACUGCAGCUCUGCUGGGGCUCAUCUUGUUCCUGGGACUCUUCUUCGGGCUGCGCCCUGACUCAGGGGACACACACACGUAUAAGAGAGCGGCUGUGGCUACAGACGCGGGGCAGUGCUCCAUAAUUGGAAGGGACAUCCUUCAGCAAGGUGGAUCAGCAGUGGAUGCUGCGAUUGCAGCUCUGCUUUGUGUAGGACUCAUGAAUGCUCACAGCAUGGGCAUUGGAGGGGGCCUCUUCUUUACCAUCUACAGCAGCACAGGAAAAGUGGAAAUCAUUAAUGCCAGAGAGGUGGCUCCAAAAAACGCAUCAGAGGACAUGUUUGGGAACAACACACAGCUCUCACUGAAAGGAGGACGGUCCAUUGCUGUUCCAGGUGAAAUCCGUGGGUAUGAACUGGCUCACAAACGUCAUGGCAAACUGGCAUGGAAAGACCUGUUUCUGCCGAGCAUCAAGUUGGCAAGAGAAGGAUUCCCUGUUGGGAAAGGCCUUGCAGCAGCCAUCAAGUCAAGAGAGGAGUCAAUUGAAAGCAAUCCCUCACUGUGCGAAGUGUUCUGCAGAGGAGGGAAAAUUCUGCAUGAGGGCGAUAUCAUCAAGAUGCCUAAACUAGCCAACACAUACGAGACCGUAGCCAGUGAAGGAGCAGAUGCCUUUUACACAGGAAGCCUGGCAAAACAGAUCAUCGAUGACAUCCGCAGUGUAGGGGGCAUUGUCACAUUGGAUGACUUGCGGGACUACAAUGCAACAGUGAUUGAAGACCCCAUACAGAUCAGGCUUGGGGAGUUCACCCUCUACACACCCAGUGCCCCCCUAAGUGGCCCAGUGCUGGCCCUCAUUUUCAACAUCCUGAAAGGGUAUAAUUUCUCUGCUGACAGCAUCAAAUCCAUAGAGGAGAAAGGUCUGACUUACCACCGCAUUGUGGAGGCCUUUCGCUUUGCCUACGCCAAGAGGACUUUACUGGGAGAUCCAAAAUUUGUCAACAUUACAGAGGCGAUCAGAAACAUGACGUCUGAGUUCUUUGCGGAUAGCCUCCGGAGGAAAAUCACGGACAACACCUCCCAUCCAGUUGACUACUAUGAGCCAGUAUAUUACACUGGAGAUAAUGCCGGUACAUCCCACCUCUCCAUUGUGGCUGAUGAUGGCAGUGCUGUGUCCGCCACCAGCACCAUCAACCAAUACUUUGGCUCUGAUGUACGAUCCAACAUGAGUGGAAUCAUAUUUAAUGAUGAGAUGGACGACUUCAGCUCACCUUACAUAAUCAAUGGAUUUGGGAUCCCUCCUUCUCCAGCAAAUUUCAUAGCACCAGGUAAACAGCCCAUGUCCUCUAUGUGCCCCUCCAUCUUGGUGGAUAAAACAAGAAAGGUCAGGAUGGUGGUUGGUGCAUCUGGAGGAACAAAAAUAACUACAGCAACAGCACUGACGAUCAUCAAUUCCAUCUGGUUUGGUUAUGAUGUGAAGAAAGCAGUGGAAGAACCCAGAAUUCACGAUCAGCUGUUUCCCAAUAUCACGGAGCUUGAGCAGCAAAUAGAGGAGGGUAUAGAAGAACAACUAAAGAAGAGAAAGCACGAUACCACGCGGGUGAGCGGCGGCGCGGUUGUGCAGGCCAUUCUCAGAACAGAUGAAGGAUGGGCUGCAGCUUCCGAUUCCCGGAAAGGUGGCUUCCCUGCAGGCUACUGA